AUUUUGUUAUCGAGCGGAGUGGUCUGCGUCUUCGUUGCGUCGGGAUCGCGAGGGGAGAAGAAGAUCGGAUCGAGAAUUUCUGUCGCGCGAACCCUUCGGCGUAACUGUUUGCCGUCAAGAGAAGCUAUUGACUUUCCAUGUCGGCUUCUUCGAUAUUCUCACUCUUUGAUUGCUUCGCUUCUUCUCUUCAUUCGGCGAGGAGGCAUUGAAGAAGAAGAAGAAGAAUAACAUGUCUAUGUCGAACUCUCCAUGCGCCGCCUGCAAGUGUCUCCGGCGGAAGUGCACCCAGGACUGCGCUUUCGCUCCGUACUUCCCGCCGGACAAUCCGCAGAAAUUCACAAACGUGCACAAAGUGUUCGGCGCCAGCAACGUGGCGAAGCUGCUGAACGAGCUGGGCGCCGCCCAGCGGGAGGACGCCGUGAAUUCGCUGGCCUACGAGGCCGAGUGCCGCCUGCGGGACCCGGUGUACGGAUGCGUCGGGCUGAUCUCGAUUCUGCAGCAGAAGUUGAAGCAGGUGCAGCACGACCUGGACACUGCCAAGAAGGAAUUGGCCACCUACAUUGGCCCCGCCGCCAUGCUGCCCAUGCUGCAGAACCACCCCGCCGCCGCGCCUUUCAAUUACGCCGCCUCGCCGUAUCAGGUGGCGCCGCCGUACAAUUCCCAGAUGAUUGUUCCGGAGCAUCAGCAUCAGCAGUUUCUGGAGGCGCAACAGAUGCUUAGAAUCCAGCAACUGCAGCAGAGUGAUAUGGUGAGGUUUAGCAAUGGGUUUGACGACGCCGGCGCCGUCGUGACCGUGACGGCGGCGGGGUUUAAUCAGAUGGGCGGCGUGGAGAUUCAGCACCAGCAGCAGCAGCCAUCGUUGGCGCUGGGGAAUUCCUACGAAGCCGCCGCCAUUCCUUUCCAUGUGCAGAAUCAUGGGCCUGUUUUACAGCAGCAGCAGCAGCAGCCGCCAUUAGUGGUUCCGCAAGCUCCACAAUCUCAAACGAGAGGAAAGAGCGAGGAGCCCGGGAGCAUUGGUCCUUCUCCUUAGUACCUACAGCUACUGUUAAUUACUUCAAUAUAUAAAUACAUAUAUAAUAUUGUCGAAUAUUCAGAGGCCCACCUACCUUCUGAGCUUUAUAUAUACAUUCAUACAAACAAAUUCCCAAAUCCUGAUCAUCCAUCCUAUCCAGGUAAACUUUAAUUCUUGAA